ACAGAAUUACUACUGAAGCCUAAGUCAGGUUAACGUGAGACUUCAGGGUAGAGUACUACUAGAAGCCAAAGCCAAGUUUUCCAGCUUGAUUACCUAUCUUCGUCCUGUAUUCCAGUUCUGAAUAUAUCACAAAGAAUAGUCUAGCUUAGGGCCUAGCUUAACUGAAGGCAAGGUAAAAAUUUAAAGGAAGCCAAGGCCAGCAAAGCAGUGCCUAAAGAGGCAGCUCCUAGUUAAAAAAUGGAGGAUCUGAGAAGUGAAUGGGAUUCUGCUACAAGCUUUGCUCCUGGUGCUGUGAGUGAUCGUUGGUGGGCUGCCAUUAGUCGACAGUACACAGAGGAAGGACGUGUUUAUCAUGGCCACGCUUAUCUUUCGCAGUUAUUCAGCCUUUAUCAUCAGUAUCAGGAAAAACUUAACGAUCCCCAAGCUGUAGCAUUAGCCAUAUUCUUCCAUAAGUUAGAUUAUAACCCUCGUUCUGGUGAUGCUGAUAACAAAAAUUUAGAGAAAUUUGAAGAGUUCAUAUCUGAGGCAGGAGAGGGUCAUCAGGACUCUUCUCUAGCGUCUGCUGUGCGAUCCCUACUGGAAGCUGCAGUUAGUAACUUAACUGAUGCUCAUAUGACAGAGGGAGGAUCAGGAGCUGAAGAUGUUCAUUAUUUCUUGGACUUUACAAUGGCUGUAUUAGGAGGUCCUCCUGCUGAAUAUGAGCAGUAUACUACUAAAAUCCAAGCAGAAUAUAUACAUCUUCCUACAACAGCUUACAAUCAGCUUAGACUCAAAAUUCUGAAGAGCCUUCUGUUGAUGCCAAAUAUUUAUGCAACAAGGGAGUUUCAAGCUGACAGAGAAAAAACUGCUCGAGAAAAUAUACAGAAAGAAGUGGAAAAUCUCACAGCUCAGGUCUAGAAUGUUGUAUUGCAUUAAUAGGAUUGUUUUUUUGAUAAUUCUUAAAUUAGUUUUUUUCAUAUUUACGUAUGCAUACAUUUGUUAGCAGUAUUUAGGAUUUGUUCACAUACUUUUUAAUAGAAAGAAUUAUGAUUACUCAAGUUAGUAUUCAAUAUAUAAAGUGCUACAGUAAGGCCUUAAAUAUUUAACUUGAUACAAGACGCAAUGCCAAAGCUUGUUAUUCCCAUUUUUUAAAUACAGUAUAUGUAUAUUUUAAAAGUUUGCUUUAAUGAAAUGGAGGUAACCCCAGUGGUUGUAGUGGAGAGGAAAAGAAAAUUUUCUGGUUUACAUUCCUUGAUAAUGCUCCUUCUCAUGUGUGUCUACAGAAAAGCCUUAUGGAAAAGGCUGUCUUCUUCAAAAUGUUGUACAUGUCUAUUUUAAUGGUAAGGCAAAAAUAUUUUUGAAGAUAAGUGGAUUUUUUUGCUAGGGAUAAAUGUAUACUUAAUGGAUAUUUUGAUAUAAAGGGAGUUGUUAUUUGAUCAUUCUGCGUAGAGGCUUGUAAGUGUACUUGAAGAGAUUUCACACUGCACACUAUUUUUGCCAUUGUUUAGUUAAAUUAUUUUUUUAAUUGGAAUGUAAACAAUUGCCCAAGCUCUUGUAAAGAAAAUAUUGCAAGUUUUACAAAAAGAGGGGUUAUUUUAUUCUUUGUUUGUAUAGUUAUAUAUUUGUUCAUAUAUUUAUAUAUCUUUUCUACUUAAGAAGUUGUAUCUUGCUGUAUUUUAAGUUUAGAUUAUAAGUUGUGGGUGGAUGGAUGUCUUACCAUUCACUAAUAUUAUAAGUAACUUAUAGGUACUUUUUUAAAUAACUUUUUAAUGCCAAAGUAUGCACCAAAGAAAUUGAAGCGAGUGAUUGUGUACUGGGUGUGUUGAAGAUGUUCACACGUUCUAUUUUGAGAAUGACGUAUAUAAUAUGAUAUUUUAACCACCAGUCCAAGAACUGUGAUACAAGAUUUCACCCAUAUUUACAUCUGAUAAGAAAUGUGUUGUAUGUUUUAUAUUAUGUUGCUUUAUAUUAUGUUGCUAUGAAUUGCUGAAUGUAAGCUUGUUCUGUCAUUGUAUUUUUGUGAAAUAUUAUGUAUUCUGGCUUUAUUUUCAAUUGAAAGGAUAUUUAGGAACUCAUUAUGGCCCAUGUUUUUAUUAAUUUUAAAUUCUUAAGAUCUUUCUGGCUUUAUUAUAUUGUGAAUAGUUAGAAUAUUGUAACUCGUAUACAAAUUCAGAUAACUUUUGUAACUUCAUGUGCUGGGUAUGUUUCAGCUCUUGAUACAAAAGCAAAUGGCAGUAGAUUUGGAACUUUCUUCUUAUUGAUUCUCUUGCAUUGCUUUUAAUGCCAAAGGUAACCAGAGUUGAUAUUAGGUUUUGAUAAUAUAUCUGUAUACCAGUGAAUUGUACUUGAAGUCAUUUGAUAUGUAGAUAUUUUGUAAAUCACAGGGUAAAUAUCCUGUGUCAACCCUUGGAUAUUUAAUGGUUACCCCUCAAAACCCGCUCCCGAAUGUAGUGAAUGCAGUAUGGUAUUAGCUGUAAAAUGUAUUUAACUGUUCUAAAUUCAGAUAAAAAUUUUUGAACAGGUCUGUUAAUGAAGUUUUGUGAGAAUCUGCAAAA